AUGAGCCCGGGGGAAGCCAGUAUCUCCUGCCCUCCAGUGCCGGCGCCCGGCAGAGCCCCGGGACUCGGAGUUUUUGCCGCGGCUGAGGACGCGGCGCGGGCUGCUGGCCGCGUCUUCGCCGAGGGAGGGCCCGGGCAGCCGUGCAGCGCGUCUCAGCGGAGCCCUGGGGGCCGCGCCGCUCCUCCAAACAUGAUUCAGAACCGCCCGUCAGCCUUGGCUCCAGUGCCUGGCGCGAGCGAACCGGGCUUGGCUGUCUCGGCCCCGUCUGAACCCUGCGGGCCUCGGGCCAGGGCGGGCCGGGAUCCGCCGCGCCAGGACCCUGCAGACCCGGCCGCGUGCCUCCCGCCGGGGCCUGACGCCCACGGUCCACGCUUGCAACACCAGGGCUGUGCGGCGGGGUCCGCAGCUGGGUCCGCGCCUGGGACUCGGGGCUCUCUGCACUCCUCGCGCCGCACCCCUUGCCUUAACCCCAAGCGGACGGGUCCUGGGGCUUCACAGGCCAGGCCGGAGCCCCAGCCCCAAAACUCCCCCCCUCCCACCGCACUGCCCCUCUGCGCUGUGGCGGGAGUCGGGGACUGGGGCCGGAGAAAGGAAACGCGCCGGUCCUCAAGUCUCUUGAGCCAUUUCGGGUCCGGGCGCGCGCCGCAGGGCUCCAGUCGCGCGAGGUUCCAGAUAGUGCAGCUGUGUGGCGCCAGGCUCCUGCGGGUUCUUGGUGGGGGCUCCCUCGCUGCCAUAUUCUGCUGAUGGGGAAAUGGGAUCUCAUCCAAGGAAAGUGACUUGCCAGGGUUACACCACUGCUGCAUUCAGGCAAGAAACUAGAGCUGGGGAGACCAGGCAAUGUCUGCUGUGUAGUUAGACAGCGAUCCAAAGCUACACGCCAAGGAUGGAAGCCAGCCUUCUGCGCUGUCUUCCCCCAGCCCUCUCCUGGGAAUCACAUGUGGUCAGCAGGGCCUUUGGAAAUUGGAACCACCUGGAGGUAAAG